GGCGAGGCCCCGCCCCGCGGUCGGGGGCUGCCCGGGGAGCGGGAAGGGGACAUGGCGGCGGGGGGGCUGCCGGCGGCGGGCCCGGCCGAGCCCAACCCUUUCUCCUUCCGCGAGUUCGUCCGCAGCAAGGCCCGGAGCGGCGAGACGGCGGGCGGCGCCCGCCAGGCGGUGCGGCCCGGCCCCAGCCUCGGCCCCCUCUUGUUCCCGGAUCUGGCGCCGCCCGGAGAGGCGGAAGACGAUGAGGAGGAAUGGGACGGGAGCUACCAGCCCUCGGCGGUGGAGCAGGCCCACCUCGCCGCCACGGGCCCCGCCUCGGCCUCCGCCGGCUCUUUCUGCGAGGGCGCGGGGCUGGCGGGCAGCGAGGAGCCGAACGGGGCUUCCCUGGGCGCGCCCCCGGGGCCGUGCUGCCACUCGCCACGGCAGCCCAGCUACGCGGAGCUAAAAGAAGAGAAUGCCAGUUUGAGAAGCAAGAUCAAUAAGCUUCAGAUUUUCUCUGAAAGUCAAGCAGACAAGAUGAGGAAGCUUGAAAAAAAGCUUGAGGAAAACAAAAUUAAAGAAGAAAAAGAAGCGCAGGAUUUGGAAGCAAUGGUGCAGCACGUGGAACAGAAUCUCCAGCUGAUGACUAAACGGGCUGUUAAAGCAGAAAACAGUGCUACAAAACUGAAACAGGAAAAUGCACUACUUCAGGUUCAGCUGAAGAAUUACAAGAUGGAGAAUGAAGCCUUGAGGUUGGGCCAGUCAGCAAGUCUGGCCGUGGUGAAACAAAACGCAGACGUUGCCUUACAGAACCUUCUCACGGUCAUAACCAACUCCCGGUCAUCAAUCAAGCAGCUGGUCUCUGGCGCAGAAUCCCUGCAGCUCGUCGCUGAUCUCCUUAAAUCAAUAGACAGAAUUUCUGAAGUGUCAGAAGACAGACAGUGACUCAAACAGAAAGUCACUUUCAUGUGGAAACUGUGACUUCAAAGUUAAUUUCUGAUGUUCAGCCUCAUCGUGGUGAAGCUGUUCAUGCUGCUGCAGAACCCCGGCUUUUCCACCGCUACCCUGUGCAGCCGCUGGAUCACAAAACCCGGAACGGACAAAAGUAUGCCCCUUCUGCUAGGCUGGGACCACGGCCCCGUCCCCGAGCACCCCGGGCUGCGGCCCGGUCCCGCCUUGCUCUCCCCCUUAGGACGUUCCUUGCCAGGGGGGAAAAAGGGCUUGUGGGGACUUCGCGCAGCGCGGCGGGGCUGGGCCUUCAGAGGCGGUUUCGGGCCCUCGCCCCGGCCGCCGUGUCACGGUUUUGCGAAGCCAUUAAAGCGGCGGAGGCGGCGCA